CUGCCUGCCGACGCUCCGUAUAAAGGCGUUGCCGGCCUUGCCCCUGGGACUCGGCCCCAUGGAGACGCCGCCGGCUGCGGGCGGCGCGCGGCUGGCAGCUGUCACGGCCGUCUUGCAGGAGGCUGAGCUAUGAGCAGCUCCUGUGGAGAGACCCCCAGCCCGCAAGCCAGCCCCACCAUGAGUCUGUGGGCACUGGAGGACAGCCACAGCUGCCGGGACACCCCAGGGACGACUCCAGAGCCCUGCACCCAGGAGGCAGCGACUUUGGAGCUGCAGAUGAAGGUGGACUUCUUUCGGAAGCUGGGCUAUUCCUCCUCGGAGAUCCACAGCGUGUUGCAGAAGCUGGGUCUGCAGGCAGACACGAACACGGUGCUGGGCGAGCUGGUGAAGCAUGGUUCGGCCACCGAGCGGGAGCGCCAGGCCUCACCUGACCGCUGCUCUCAGCUCCCCUUGGUGCCCCGCGGCGGGGGCACCCCCAAGACGCCCAGCCUGGAACCCUCACUCCCAGAGGACGACAGGGAGGGCGGCGACCUGAGGCCGGUGGUCAUUGACGGAAGCAAUGUGGCCAUGAGCCAUGGAAACAAGGAGGUGUUCUCCUGCCGGGGCAUCCUGCUGGCCGUGAACUGGUUUCUGGAGCGGGGUCACGCAGACGUCACUGUGUUUGUACCGUCCUGGAGGAAAGAGCAGCCUCGGCCUGAUGUACCCAUCACAGACCAGCACAUCCUGCGGGAGCUGGAGAAGAAAAAGAUCCUGGUGUUCACACCGUCGAGGCGGGUCGGCGGCAAGCGGGUGGUGUGCUACGACGACCGCUUUAUCGUGAAACUGGCCUACGAGUCCGACGGGAUCGUGGUCUCCAACGACACCUACCGGGACCUGCAGGGAGAGCGCCAGGAGUGGAAGCGCUUCAUUGAGGAGCGGCUGCUUAUGUACUCCUUCGUCAAUGACAAGUUCAUGCCUCCCGAUGACCCUUUGGGCCGACAUGGACCCAGCCUGGACAACUUCCUACGGAAGAAGCCACUGCCCUCCGAGCACAGGAAGCAGCCAUGCCCCUAUGGCAAAAAGUGCACCUAUGGGAUCAAGUGCCGCUUCUUCCACCCGGAGCGACCCAGCCGCCCGCAGCGCUCUGUGGCCGACGAGCUCCGUGCCAAUGCAUUCCUCUCACCCCUCAGAGCCCCGGGCAAGGACAAAAGUACCCAGCGCCCUGCACCAUCACCCCAGCCCAGCUCUGCACCCACAGAAGCCGAACAGAGUGGCGUGGAUGGGAAGAAGCUGGGAACCCGGGCCUCCCCAGGAUCCCGGCGUGAGGGGCCAGCACAGAGCUUUGCCCCAGCAGGCAGGAGCCUCCCAGCAAGUGGGGGCAGUGCGGGCAGCUUCGGGCCUUCUGACUGGCUCCCACAAACGCUGGACUCGCUACCCUACACUUCCCAGGACCGCCUGGACUCAGGCAUCGGCUCCCUAGAGAGCCAGAUAUCAGAACUGUGGGGAGUCCGGGGUGCAAGCCUGGGAGAACCAGGCCUACCUCGCGGGCCUUACCCUGGCUACCACUAUGGACGCGAGCUGCCGGCCACUCAGACCUACCAUGCUUUUGGACGGGACAUGGGUGCUGGCCACUUCAGUGUCCCUGCAGACUACCCGGCCCCACCACCUGCCUUCCCUCCCCGAGAGUACUGGUCUGAACCAUACCCGCUGCCUCCACCCACCCCAGUCCUGCAGGAUCCCCAGGGGCCGAGCCCAGGGCCCGGUGGGGGUCUGUGGGCCGGGGCAGGCAGCCUGGCCAAGGAACGGGCCAAUGUGUACACCAAGUUGUGCGGCGUCUUCCCCCCGCACCUGGUAGAGGCUGUGAUGGGGCGUUUCCCGCAGCUCCUGGACCCCCAGCAGCUGGCGGCGGAGAUCUUGUCCUACAAGUCCCAGCACCCCAACGAGUAAGCGGGCACCUGUCGGGAGGGUGGGGGCUGUCUGGUCAGGGCCUAGUGCUGUAAAGGGGCCUGUUCCCAGCUUCAAGGUGUGCUGCCCUUGGAGGCUGGACAGCAGGAGGGUGGUAAACAAAAGGGAGGGAACCCACACACCGAACAUACUGUAGGAUUGGUUCUGGCCCCAUGGCUGCCCAGCUGUGUGUCUGAGCGGGUCAGAGGCGAUCGCCUUGUUGAUGCACAUUGUAUCUCUGUAGCUUUAAGCAGAUGCGCCAGUAACGGCCGUCAGUCUGUGGCUGAGGCCCAAACCCUCUUUCUCUCAGAGGGCGGGGAAGGAGGCUGGGGGCGAGCAGAAGCUCGGGCUGGGGGCCCUGUGCAAGGCCCCCCACCUCCACCCCGUCCCUGGGAUGCCAGCCUUGGCUGGCCAGUUGGGCACUGUGUGCCUGCCCUCCAGGGGCCCCUUCCUCUAAGCCAAUGAGGUCUCGCCCAUGCUCUCACUGGGCGCAUGGCUUCAUGUCAGUAAGCAAGAUGCUUCUUAAAUAACCUCCCUUCUGCCCCACUCUGUGCACCCGCCCCGGGGGUCGGGGUCCCUGUCCCCUGACCCUCUCCUCUCACCCCUCCAUCCCCAAGAGCAUGAGAACGUGCCUCUGCCUACGCACAGGUGUCAGUCUCCCGUGUUCUAAGUGGAAAGCCCUCCCUCCAAAAACAUCAGAAUAAAGUAUAUAGCCCAAGCCA